AUGGUUGCUCGAACAUCACGUGAAGUUCUCCGGUGGUAUGAAAGUCUCUAUCUUACUUAUCCAAUCGUUGUACCAAAAUGGGAUUUAUCAAAUGGAUAUACAUAUGCAGAAAUUCUACAUGUUUAUUAUCCUGAUGAUAUAAAUAUGUUAAAUUUUGUCAAUGGACGUUCAUUAAAUUCUCGUUUAUUAAAUUGGGCACUUAUUAAAAAGUUUUUAAAAAAGAAAAAUCUUUCGAUUUCAAAUGAUUUUAUUGAUGCAACAUUACAUGGAAAAGAUGGAGGAGCUGAAGAAUUACUUGAACAAACAUAUGAAUUAUUAACAAAUAAAAAAGCAUAUAGCGAUGCAACAUAUGAACGUGAUAAUCAUUUUACUGAUCAUCCAUAUGAACAAAGCUUAAAUUAUUAUCAACGAUCACAUAUAUCGAAAUUAAUAAAGAAUAAUUUAAAAAUUUCCGAAUUAAUUACUGAUCCAUCCUAUGCUCAUCAAGAGAAAAAAAUUGAUAUGAUUCGUGAUCAAUUAAAAAUUGAUCGAGAAAAUAUUCGUAUUGAUAAUCCUGAAAGAUUUGAUUUAAAACGAACAAUAACUGAACGAUGUUUACGAAAACCUCUUCAAUCAAAUGCAAAUGCUCAAGAUUGGUAUGUGAAAACAUUUAGUGCUCGUUCACGUUCAGCAACUGCAAAAUCGAAUAAAACAAAUAGUAUGACACCACAAUCACGACAAAUGUCAGCUAAUAUUUCAAAACAAAAUUCAAGAUUACAAUCUUAUAAUAAAAAAGGAAUAAUUCAUCCAAAUGAAGAAAAUACACUUUAUAAAGAAAUUAUUUUAAAACAACAUUCAAUACCCUUAAGUGAUCUUAUACAAAAAAGUGAAUCGGAAAGUUUGUGA